AAUGGUCCUCAAGUUCUAUUUCAUCAUUCCUAGUCUACAGUCAAGACAAACAUUUGGUAUCAUUUUUCUUUAAAUUAUGUAUGUAUACGUAGGACUAUUUCAGUUUUUUUCUAUGAAUAAUAGCUACAGUGUUACAGUUCUGAAGGAAAUGCACUAUUACUAUUUGGAGCUAUAAGUCCUUCUUAGCGGAAGAGGGCAGUACUUCUCAUUCCCCAGACAAAACCAAUGCAGUCAACUUCCGACUUCCUCCUUCUGCCGAAGAGCAAGCUCAGGCUGCUGCUGCUGCAAUGGGAAAGCUAAUUCUGUUGUCCCUGAAAUUUGCAAUUUUGUUCUUCACCGUCGAAGCUGUGUUUGAGGAUCAAGUGGGAAAAUUUGACUGGAGGCAACAAUAUGUAGGAAAAGUUCGUUUUUCUCAUUUUGACACACACGUGCAGUCAUCCAAAAAGGUACUUUUGGCUACAGAAAACAACGUUUUUGCUGCAGUUAAUACCAGGACUGGAGAACUAGGUUGGAGGCAUGUAGAUAAGACUGGACCAGAAGGAAAUAUUGAUGCUUUUCUACAGUAUGGACAAGAUGCUGUGUUGGUGAUAGGCAAUGGUCGUCUACUACGUUCCUGGGACAUAAAUGUUGGCGGUCUGAACUGGGAGGUUGUACUGGACUCUGGAAGUUUCCAAUCGGCUUGUUUGGUUGGACAGCAGAACACAGUGAAACAGGUGGCAGUCUUAAAGAAAGCUGCCAUUUCUCUCCACUACCUUUCAAAUGGACAUCAAAAAUGGAUAGAGAAUCUCCCAGAUAGUGAAACAGUGGACUACCAAACUGUUUAUUCUGGUGGAAAUGGGGAAGUGUAUGUACUAGGGGUUGUUCCUCAUUCCCACAUCACAGUUGUUGCUUACAGCGUGGAGGAUGGUGAGAUUAUCAAACAGUAUUUGGUGGAAGCUCCAUGGCUUUCAAACCUACAGGUCAGCUGUACAGUGGUCAGUCAAGGGGUUUUGACGUGCAUAGACUCAGCAACUGUGUCCCUCUACACACUGGACUUGCAUGCACAAUCACAGAUGACACAGAUGCCACUGCAGACACUGGGACUUGAAUUAGCCCCUGGAUUCCAUCCAACACUUGUGUCCAGUCAGCCAAAUCCUUCUCAUCCACCCCUGUCAGAGUUCUUACUGCAGCUGGGGCCUGAUCAUUAUCUUCUUCUCCAGCUUAACAAUGGUCAUGUAGUUACACUGAGGGAUCUAAAACCGGCAAUGCUGGUUACCUUUGUGACAACUGGAGAUAAAACUGUUGCUGCAGUCAUGUCACCCAAGAACAGAACAGCUUGCAGUGUUAAUCUCUUCAGUGUGGAAACAGGACGCAGGCUUCUCGACACGACAUUGAUAUUUAAUAUAGAUCCCAAUGGUGGGAAACCAGAGAAGCUGUUUGUACAAGCUUUUCUCAAGAAAGACGACUCCGUUGGAUAUAGAGUCAUGGUGCAGACAGAGGACCACACACUUACUUUCCUGCAACAGCCAGGGCGUGUAAUAUGGACCAGAGAGGAGGCCCUGUCAGAUGUGGUGACAAUGGAAAUGGUGGAUCUGCCGCUCACAGGAACGCAAGCGGAACUGGAGGGGGAGUUUGGCAAAAAGGCUGCCAUACAAGAUGGCCUCAUGUCCAUGGUCCUGAAGAGGCUCUCGUCUCAGUUCGUCUUACUCCAAGCCUGGAUCUCGCACCUCUGGAAGCUGUUCUAUGAUGCCAGGAAACCUCGCAGUCAGGUCAAAAACGAAGUGACUAUCGAGAACCUCUCAAGAGAUGAGUUCAACCUGCAGAAGAUGAUGGUCAUGGUUACUGCAUCUGGGAAGCUUUUUGGAAUUGACAGUAACACCGGCAGCAUUUUAUGGAGACACAAUCUGGAUAAUAUUCCAGCUAAUGCAGCCUUCAAGCUAAUGGUGCAACGAACAACUGCACACUUUCCUCAUCCUCCACAGUGCACACUGCUCAUUAAAGACAAGGAUACUGGCCUGGCCACCCUCCACGUAUUUAACCCUAUCUUUGGCAAGAAGAGUCACAUCACGCCUCCAGCUCUCACUCAGCCAAUACUUCAGUCUCUCAUCCUGCCACUCAUGGACCAGGAUUAUGCAAAGGUUUUGCUACUCGUUGAUGACCAAUACAAGGUUUCUGCAUUUCCAUCAACAAAGAAUGUCCUUCAGCAGCUCCAGGAGAUGGCCUCGUCCAUAUUCUUCUUUCUCAUUGACUCCAGCCAGGGCAGACUUUCUGGCUACAGGCUACGAACGGACUUGUCCACUGAGCUGAUCUGGGAGGUUAUCGUCCCACCGGAGGUACAGAGGAUUGUUAGUGUCAAAGGGAAACGGCCGAAUGAGCAUGUGCAUUCCCAAGGCAGAGUGAUGGGAGACCGUAGUGUCCUUUAUAAGUACUUAAACCCUAAUCUACUGGCUGUGGUUACUGAGAGCACAGACACACACCAGGAGCGCAGCUUCAUUGCAAUCCUCUUGAUUGAUGGCGUGACUGGUCGCAUCUUCCACGAGGCUGUCCAGAGAAAAGCCAGAGGACCGGUGCAUGUUGUCCACUCUGAAAACUGGGUGGUGUAUGAAUACUGGAGCACAAAGUCACGUAGGAAUGAGUUCUCUGUAAUUGAACUGUACGAGGGGAUGGAACUCUACAACAGCACCGUGUUCAGCUCCCUCGAUCGACCUCAUGCUCCUCAGGUUCUGCAGCAGUCUUACAUUUUCCCAUCAUCCAUUUCCACGAUGGAGGCCACUCUGACUGAGAAGGGCAUCACCAGUCGUCAUCUGCUCAUUGGCUUGUCCUCAGGAGGGAUUUUGUCAUUACCCAAGAUGUUUCUUGAUCCCCGGAGACCAGAAAUAGUGUCUGAGCAAAUCCGUGAAGAGAACCUGAUACCAUAUGCACCAGAAUUACUGAUCCGUACAGAAUGGUUCAUCAACUACAAUCAGACUGUAUCAAGAGUGAGAGGAAUUUACACUGCUCCCUCUGGGCUGGAGUCAACCUGCCUCGUUGUGGCUUACGGUCUGGACAUCUAUCAGACACGAGUUUAUCCCUCAAAGCAGUUUGACGUUCUGAAAGACGAUUAUGACUACAUGCUGAUCAGCAGCGUACUCUUCGCUCUAUUCUUUGCCACGAUGAUCAGCAAACGCCUGGCGGAGGUCAAACUGCUCAACCGGGCGUGGCGGUAAAGGAGAGCUAGAAAAAAGAACAACCCAUCUCUGACAGCACUGAGGCUGCACGGAGGACCUCAGCUCAAGCAGAUGAGAUAGCUGGGGCCGUGUCUAUGUCAGAGCAGCGGUCAGAGUUCAAAGAGGCCCAAAAGCAACUGCAAAGGAUAAGAGAACUGUGGGUUGGGGCAAUGAGAGGGGGGGGUUAGUAAACAUUUUAUGAAUUUGUUUUUAACUUAUUUGCAACCUUGAGGAACUACUUUGACAAUAGAAUUGUUUUCGUGCCAUGGCAUUUGAAUUCAAUGUUUAUUAGAAAAUAAUGACUAAUGCAUCAGAAUUUAAUUUAUUUCAUCAUGUAGUAGGGAUGUUCAAACAUGGGUCUCCGCUGUCCAAAACCAAGUCAGGACAGAAGGUCCUUUUAGAUACAUUUAUAACUAUCAGCAGGCUGAUCAAUCUGCAGUCUUGUCUCAGCAAAAAGGGCUUGUUUAGAGCAUGAUGUCACCAGAACAGACUGCUGUUUUUGUCCUGACUUGGUUCUGUUAGUUUUUUGUCUUUUUACAUUGGACAUGGUUUAGUACAGAUGAAGCACACUUGUCUUCACGCCUGUUUUCUCAUGUAAACAUAAGCAAUGUACAGUUUUCUUUUGUUGUUUGUUUUCUAACAGGAUUGUUUUGCUACAUGAAGAUGGAAAAUCAUGAAAUAGAACAAAGUGAAACAUGAUUAGGUUCAACAUUGUGUCUGCAUGGUUUGUAUGUUAAAAUAAUAAACGGUAAUCUGAAGUUUGUGAAGAAAUGCAGAAUUGAUGAAUAAACUGGCCAUGUCCAGUAUAAAAGUGAGAUAGGAAGAUGAUUAUUGAAAGCCUUUAUUUUAGGAUUUAUUUUUCAGUCCCUGUGCUGCACAUGAUUUUUUAAUCGCAAAUCCACUGUUGUUAAACCAUUAAAAUUUGUUUCAGAAAUACAA